UCUACAAACAUUUUAGCCCCAGAAAUAGCCACAGAAAUCCUCAGAUCAAAUCGGUAUCCAGAUACAAGGAAGUGAUAUGUAGCUGGAGCAGGGUGGACACUCAUCAGCUCAGUUCAGUUACAAAAGUCCAGGCUGCUGAAAUUAAACUCUGAUGCCAUUCAUGCCAGCAUCCAAUCACGACAGAGAUCAGAAGUUCAGAGAUGCCUCCAGCUCCAAAUUGCCAACAACAAGUGUGGCUACUAUACGUCAAGGACUCUGAAGCCGUGAGAGAGGGGAAGAACAACAUUAGAGAGGAUGCCCAGCUGACAGUUGAAGGAAAUGAAUUUUGAAACUUCACGGUGUGCCACCCUACAGUACUGCCCUGACCCUUACAUCCAGCGUUACGUAGAAACCCCAGCUCAUUUCUCUUGGAAAGAAAGUUACUACCGAUCCACCAUGUCCCAGAGCACGCAGACAAAUGAAUUCCUCAGUCCCGAGGUUUUCCAGCAUAUCUGGGAUUUCCUGGAACAGCCUAUAUGUUCAGUUCAGCCCAUUGACUUGAACUUUGUGGAUGAACCAUCAGAGGAUGGUGCAACAAACAAGAUUGAGAUUAGCAUGGACUGUAUCCGCAUGCAGGACUCCGACCUGAGUGACCCCAUGUGGCCACAGUACACGAACCUGGGGCUCCUGAACAGCAUGGACCAGCAGAUUCAGAACGGCUCCUCGUCCACCAGUCCUUAUAACACAGACCACGCGCAGAACAGUGUCACGGCACCCUCGCCCUACGCGCAGCCCAGCUCCACCUUCGAUGCCCUCUCUCCAUCGCCCGCCAUCCCUUCCAACACUGACUACCCCGGCCCGCACAGUUUCGACGUGUCCUUCCAGCAGUCGAGCACCGCCAAGUCGGCCACCUGGACGUAUUCCACUGAACUGAAGAAACUGUACUGCCAAAUUGCAAAGACAUGCCCCAUCCAGAUCAAGGUGAUGACCCCACCUCCUCAGGGAGCUGUCAUCCGCGCCAUGCCUGUCUACAAAAAAGCUGAGCAUGUCACUGAGGUGGUAAAGCGGUGCCCCAACCAUGAGCUGAGCCGUGAAUUUAAUGAGGGACAGAUCGCCCCUCCUAGUCAUUUGAUUCGAGUAGAAGGGAACAGCCAUGCCCAGUAUGUAGAAGACCCCAUCACAGGAAGACAGAGUGUGCUGGUACCUUAUGAACCACCCCAGGUUGGCACUGAAUUCACGACAGUCUUGUACAAUUUCAUGUGUAACAGCAGCUGUGUUGGAGGGAUGAACCGCCGUCCAAUUUUAAUCAUUGUUACUCUGGAAACCAGAGAUGGGCAAGUCCUGGGCCGACGCUGCUUUGAGGCCCGGAUCUGUGCUUGCCCAGGAAGAGACAGGAAGGCAGAUGAAGAUAGCAUCAGAAAGCAGCAAGUUUCGGACAGUACAAAGAACGGUGAUGGUACGAAGCGCCCAUUUCGUCAGAACACACAUGGUAUCCAGAUGACAUCCAUCAAGAAACGAAGAUCCCCAGAUGAUGAACUGUUAUACUUACCAGUGAGGGGCCGUGAGACUUAUGAAAUGCUGUUGAAGAUCAAAGAGUCUCUGGAACUCAUGCAAUACCUUCCGCAGCACACAAUCGAAACGUACAGGCAACAGCAACAGCAGCAGCACCAGCACUUACUUCAGAAACAGACCUCAAUACAGUCUCAAUCUUCAUACGGUAACAGCUCCCCACCUCUGAACAAAAUGAACAGCAUGAACAAGCUGCCUUCUGUGAGCCAGCUUAUCAACCCUCAGCAGCGCAACGCCCUCACUCCUACAACCAUUCCUGAUGGCAUGGGAGCCAACAUUCCCAUGAUGGGCACCCACAUGCCAAUGACUGGAGACAUGAAUGGACUCAGCCCCACCCAGGCACUCCCUCCCCCACUCUCCAUGCCAUCCACCUCCCACUGCACCCCCCCACCUCCAUAUCCCACAGAUUGCAGCAUUGUCAGUUUCUUAGCGAGGUUGGGCUGUUCAUCAUGUCUGGACUAUUUCACGACCCAGGGGCUGACCACCAUCUAUCAGAUUGAGCAUUACUCCAUGGAUGAUUUGGCAAGUCUAAAAAUCCCUGAGCAGUUUCGACAUGCAAUCUGGAAGGGGAUCCUGGACCACCGGCAGCUCCACGAAUUCUCCUCACCUUCUCAUCUCCUGCGGACCCCAAGCAGUGCCUCUACCGUCAGUGUGGGCUCCAGUGAGACCCGGGGUGAGCGUGUUAUUGAUGCUGUGCGAUUCACCCUCCGCCAGACCAUCUCCUUCCCACCCCGAGAUGAGUGGAAUGACUUCAACUUUGACUUGGAUGCUCGUCGCAACAAACAACAGCGCAUCAAAGAGGAGGGGGAGUGAGGCUCGCCAAGUGAGCUCUUCUUAUCUCUUUCCCACCUGCUUACCCCCUACAAAGCACUCCUGCUUAAUCUUCAAAGCAUUCUCCCUAGCGCCUCCCCUUCCUCUUCUGUCUGAUUUCCUAGGGGAAGGAGAAGUAAGAGGCUUCCUCUUACCUAACAUCUAACCUGGCAUCUAAUUCUGAUUCUGGCUUUAAGCCUUCAAAACUAUAGCUUGCACGACUGUAGCUGCCAUGGCUAGAUAGAAGUGAGCAAAAAAAAAAAAAAAAAAAAAAAAAAAAAGAGUUUGGUGUCUCCUUAAGCUGCAGAGAUUUCUCAUUGACUUUUAUAAAGCAUGUUCACCCUUAUAGUCUAAGACUAUAUAUAUAAAUAUAUAAAUAUACAGUAUAGAUUUUUGGGUGGGGGGCAUUGAGUAUUGUUUAAAAUGUAAUUUAAAUGAAAGAAAAUUGAGUUGCACUUAUUGACCAUUUCUUAAUUUACUUGUUUUGGAUGGCUUGUCUAUACCCUUUCUCUUAAGGGGUAGCAUGUAUGGUGAUAGGUAUCUAGAGCUUAAUGCUACAUAUGAGUGACAAUGAUGUACAGGUCCUUUUAGUUUUUUGGAUUCUAAAUACACGCCACAUCAAACCUUUGAGCGGAACUAUUUCCAUUGUUUAUUAUGUGGGUAAGACUGUAUAUAUAUGUAUUCUUUUCUCAAUGUCGGUAUGUUUUAUACUACUGACAUUUCUUCUAGUGAUGAUGGUUCAUCUUCGGGUUGUUUAAUCCAGUUAUAAGAAAAAAGUUCAUGUUCAAACAUCCUCUUUUUUGUUUGGGAAUGAGGAAAAUUCCUAAAAGGCCCAUGGCAGCCAGUUAAAAAAAAAAACCUGAUGGCAUGUAUUUGAGUAUAUCAGUAACCCCCUUAGAUUUAAUGCAGGAUACCUUAUCUUACAAUAUUUAUUGGAAAAACAUUUGCUGCCAUUACAAAGGUAUUAAAACUAAAUUUUACUACUAGACUGACUAUCCUAAAUAACAUUGGCUACUGUUGUAAGAAUUCAGAUUGAUGUGAUGGGACGAAUGCCAUCUAUCUAGUUCUAACAGUGAAGUUGUACUGUUUAUUAAUAUUCAGGGUAAAAUAGGAAUCAUUCAGAAAUGUUGAAUCUGUACUAAAUAGUAAGAUAUCUCAAUGAACCAUGAAUUCAAGUUUGUAAAACUCUUCUGAAGCACAGAUAAAAUUAUUUGGUAAAUGUUUCUUUUAAAGACCCUCCUAUUCUAUAAAACUCUGCAUGUAGAGGCUUGUUGGCCUUUAUGCCUUUAAGCUUUACAAUAGGAAUGGUGAUUUGGAAAUAUAAAAUUGUGAGAUUUGUUUUCCUGUGGCACAAAUUGCAUCACUGUAUCAUUUUAUUUUUUAACCAGAAAGAGUUUCAGUUUGUUGGAAAGUAACUGUGAGAACCCACUUUCCCGUCCGUCUCCCGUAGGAACUAUCUGUAGACAUGCAAAGGUCCCCAAGGAGUAAGGGAUAAGUCUUUCAUAGAUGCUGUUCCUUAAACCAUUUAAAGAGUUGCCUUGAGACUUUGGGAAAAUGUAUAAAUGAUGAUAUGCCUCAUAGAUCUUUCAGAAAUAUAACACAUAUUUUGCAUACAGACUAAUGAGCUCUGAAAUCUUCCCAUGCAUUCUGGUCAAGGGCUGUCAUUGAACAUAUGCUUCCAUUUUUAUUUUAAAGUGCAAAAGGGCUUAUGUGGCUCUAAAAUGUAAUGUAUGGGUUGCCUCUGAAAAGUGUAUAUAUAUUUUGCGUGAAAUUGCAUACUUUAUAUUUUCAUUAUUUUUUUUUCUUCUUGGGAUAGUGGGAUUUCCAGAACCACAGUUGAAACCUUUUUUUAUUGUUUUUAUAUUUUCAUGAAAAUACCAUUUAGUAAGAAUACAAUGUCAAAUAAAUAAUGGUAUAAUAUUAAGAUGGGAGGGAAGGGAAAGUUGUUUUUUUCUAUUAUUUUUUUAAAAUUUUGUAUGUUAAAGAGAAUGAGUCCUUGAUUUCAAAGUUUUGUUGUACUUAAAUGGUAAUGAGCACUGUUAGCUUCUGGAACAAGCAUGCAGCUUUGCAAAUCCGUUAAGAGGAAGAAUGAAAGCUGUGUCUUGGUAAUAUUAAGAAGACAAACUGCUUCCCUUACUUUGCUGAGGGUUUGAAUAAACCUAGGACUUCUGACCUAUCUCAGUACUAUUCAGGUGACACUAGGGACUUGGAAAUUCCUGUAGUGUGUCUCAUGGAUUUGGCACUAGCCAAAGCAAGGCACACUUACUGGCUUACCUCCUCAUGGCCACUGACGCUCUUUGUGUGUAUGAACAGCCAGGGUAAGGGGCAAAAGAAUAUUAAGUACAGAAACCACUGGAAGUGGGCUUAAUGGAGUUCUGUGGUCUCAGCUCAAUGUAGUUAGCUGAAGAAUGAAAAAGUUUUGUUUGGAGAUGUUUAUAAACAGAAAUGGAGAACAGAAUUUUCAUUAAAUCCUUUUACCUUUUUUUUUCUUGGUAUUGCCCUAAAAAUUUAGUAUGUGGGAUAUUGAAUGUUAAAGGGAUAUGUUUUUUUAUUAUUUUUAUAAUUGUACAAAAAUUAAGCAAAUGUUAAAAGUUUUAUAUGCUUUAUUAAUGUUGUCAAAAGGCAUUAUACAUGUGAUACUUUUUUUUUAAGCUUCAGUUGCUUGUCUUUUGGUAUUUUCUGUAAUGGGCUUUUGGGGAGCCAGAAGCCAAUAUCUACAGCUCUUUAUGUUUGCCAGGACAUGCAAUAAAAUUAAAAAAUAAAUAAAAACUAAUUAAGAAA